AUGGACGUCAAAAACCUCUAUACCGGGCCCUAUCAUCCUGUUGAUACUUUCAUGAAGCGUGACUUCAGUGGUCGUGUGAGGCGUUAUACUCGCACUCAGCGACCACCAAAAUACUAUUUUAUCGACUUUGGCUUACGACGUCGAUACGAUCCUAGCAAGGGCACUCCCUGGAGUGCCCGGCGACAAAUCGGUGUUUACACGAAACUCCUUCAGUCGCUUAUCACCAUGAUCAAGACAAAAACAGGUUUUGACUUUCUGAAUCCUCUCGUAGAUGACAUAGUUCAGAACGAUCCCAAUGCGAGACCUACGAUGGACGUGGUAGUUGAGCGUUUUGACUCGGAUCGACAGUAG